AUGGAUCUUCGCGUCGACAUCGUCGAGACGAGGCUCUGCAUGGACCAUCGCAGGAAGCCACCAGGUAAGUUAUUCUUCAGGUAAGUGCAUUUGCUCUGUUUCCUCCUUUUGUCUGUUGAAGUUCCGUGUCGUAUGCUGCUCUUGCUUUCUGCCCUCUAUAUGCUAGUCUGUCUGUUAAUAGCUAGAUGAAACUCUCGAUGCCUGCUGCGACUGUCUGUCUGUCAGUCUAUGCCUCCCUCUGCUAAUAGCUAGAUGUUACGGUGCUUGACUUUGAGUGGUGCCCUCACUUUUGUCUCUAACUGAUGACUGUGUCCGCUUGUCCACUCUAGUUCUAAGUCCCAUAGCGUUAGGUUGUGCGUAUGCUCUCUCCUACUUCACUCCAUCACAUCACCAUCACCACCAAGGUCACAGGCUAAUUCGAGUCGUUCUCUCACUAACAAAAAGUCGUGGCCCAUAGUGGAGUCCGGCAGCCGUCUGGGAUAACCGAGCAGCCCUGUUCAGGGAUGCGUUGCCUGCCCCGCGAGGGGAGGGGGCUAGAAAAGGUGCCCUAAAGAUCGCUGGGAACCACGCUGUCUGUAGGCUGGCCGUGGUCGCAGACAAAAAACACACGGUCGAAACAGCCAAAACCGAAACAACAACAACAAUCACUCUCUUCCUCUUCCAGCCAAUUCUUCUUCUUCUUCUCCUACUCCUACUUUUCGCCGCCGCAGUCGCCAGACUGACAGGGUGAGCCCGCUCACUCUGGCAGCCUGGAAUGUUCGUUACCUUUUAGACAAUCCGAUUUCCAACCGACCGGAACGAAGGACGGCGCUAGUGGCACGAGAACUGGCGCGCUACAAGGUGGACAUCGCCGCACUCAGCGAGACCCGAUUCUCCGAACAAGGCCAACUGGAGGAGGUGGGUGCCGGCUACACCUUCUUCUGGAGUGGUCGACCCAGGGCAGAGCGACGGGACGCGGGCGUCUCCUUUGCCAUCCGGACCGACAUCGUGGAACGACUGCCCUGCCUGCCGCAGGGAAUCAACGAUCACCUGAUGAGCUUCCGCCUGCCUCUCCGGCGAGGAGGCAAAUUCGCCACCAUCAUCAGCGCCUACGCUCCGCCGAUGAGCAGCCCCGACGCCGCCGCAAGGGACAAAUUCUACGAGGACCUGCACGCCAUCUUGGCGACUGUGUCGAAGGCGGACAAGUUGAUUGUCCUUGGCGACUUCAACGCCCGCGUCGGCACAGACCAUACUGCCUGGAGGGGAGUGCUGGGUACCCACGGUCUCCACGGCUCCAACGACAACGGCCUGCUGCUUCUCCGCACCUGCGCAGAACACCGCCUCAUCCUGACGAACACGUUCUUCUGUCUGCCGGAGCGAGAGAAGGCCACCUGGAGGCAUCCUCGGUCGCGUCAGUGGCACCUGCUGGACUACGUCCUCGUCCGGAGGCGAGAUCAGAGGGACGUGCUGAUGACGAAGGCGAUCGCGGGUGCUGACGGGUGGACCGACCAUCGCCUCGUCAUCUCGAAGAUGCGUAUUCGCCUACAGCCUCGCCGGAGACUACAAGGUAAGCGACUCCCAGGUAAGCUGAAUGUUGCCUUGUUGUCUUUGCCCGCUCACCAUCUUCAUUUCAGCAAUGAGCUAGCUCAACGGCUAGACAACCUUCCAAUCGCUGCCGCUGACGACGUCACCGCCGCCGCUGCCGAGAACGCCUCCGUGGAGAACCGCUGGUGUCAACUGCGAGACACGGUCCAGUCGAAGGCGCGAGCCGUCCUCGGUCGCGCUCCCCGUCAACACCAGGACUGGUUCGACGACAACGACGCCGCCAUCAGCAAUCUGCUCGCCGAGAAGAACCGCCUACACAAUGCCUACGUAGAUCACCCCACCGAGGACAACAAAACUGCCUUCUACCGUAGUCUCCGCAAAUUCAGCAACGGCUGCGCGAGAUGCAGGACGCCUGGACUGCUCGCAAAGCUGAGGAGAUCCAAGGCUACGCGGACCGCAACGAAUGGAAGAACUUCUUCUCCGCGAUCAAAGCUGUCUACGGUCCGCCGACGAAGGGCACUGCACCUCUCCUCAGCGCCGACGGCAGCAAUCUCCUGACUGAGAAGACGCAAAUCCUACAGCGAUGGGCCGAGCAUUUCCGAGGCGUCCUCAACCGUCCCUCCGUCAUCUCCGACGCCACCAUCGAGCGUUUGCCGCAAGUGGACACCAACGUGGACCUCGACCUCCCGCCAUCUCUCCAGGAGACCAUCAGGGCCGUGCAGCAGCUCUCCAGCGGGAAAGCACCCGGAUCGGACGCAAUCCCUGCUGAGGUCUACAAGCACGGAGGUCCCCAACUGAUGGAUCACCUGACUGCGCUCUUCCAGGAGAUGUGGCGUCAAGGCGAAGUCCCGCAAGAUUUAAAAGACGCAACCAUCGUGCAUCUCUACAACCGCAAAGGGAAUCGCCAAGUCUGCGACAAUCACCGUGGCAUCUCUUUGCUAAACAUCGCCUGGAGGAUCUUAGCUCGCAUCCUGCUCAACCGCCUCAAUAACCAUCUGGAACGGGGCCUUCUGCCGGAAAGCCAAUGCGGCUUCCGUCGUCAUCGUGGGACCACGGAUAUGAUCUUCGCCGCCCGUCAACUUCAGGAGAAGUGUCAGGAGAUGCGGACCCACCUGUACUCUACCUUCGUGGACCUGACGAAAGCCUUCGACACGGUGGCCGUGGUGGUCGCAGUAUUGGUGUCGAUGGUGAAGAUGAUUGGUUGCAUCGGCGUAGGUUGGUAUUGCUACGUUGCGACGAGCUGGAAGCUGUUCCGCAAGAACCAUCUGGGCUUUGAAAGCACGUUGAGAAAGGGGAACAUAUUAAUGGGCUUUAGGCGUUAACGGCGUUCCAGUCCUUCAGACCUCCCAAUUCGCCUUGGCCUUCACUGUCCAGUUGACUUCGAGGAUUUACGCUCCAGUUUAAACGGCAGUUCGCCAUGUCUGCCGGUCCUGGGUACGCGUGCCCCUAGGCCUUUCUGCUUCUUGAAUGUCCGCAGCGUAUUCUCUUGGUUACGUUUUUGCCCAUUCUGUAUCGACGUCACCUUAGGGAGACACCCGCGCAUAAAUCAUCUUUGGAAUGCGGACAUCCUAGUAGGUUGAUCUGCUUCAAUGUAGCACAGAACGGUUCAGAUAUACGACAAUCGAAUUCGCCUUACAUUAUUCAGACAAAAGCUUCUAGUAUUUAAAUAUGGUGAAUUACUUAGGGAAAAGUGGCGAGUUAAUUAAUAAGGAAAAACGUAAAAAAUGCAAGUUAGUUGGACUUGGGUGCAGCCGUAUGGUCCUUCGACUGAAGCCGUGUUGAAUGCUGUCUUUACACCUCCUAAGGUUUUUUUCACAAAUUGGGAAGGGACGACACUGUCUUCUUUACUGCCAAAAUUAACAACAAUGUCUAUCAAUGCACUGUGGUUUGCCCUAAAAAUCCUAAAAGUGCUGUAAUUUGAAAGCCUACUCUAAAGUAUGGAUUGCGAAAAACCUUCCAUUUUCAAGCUCGUUUUGAACCCAGACUGACUUGCAAGAGGAGGAACUGGAUUUUAUGUCAUAACUUCUAAAAGGAAGAAGGGAAAAUUGCUUUACUCCCAUACCUGAUAGGCCUAUCAGCGAUAACUGCGGACUAGAGUAUCAUCCGAGAAUCCUGAGGACUGUUGUUAGACCGCAGCCCUUGCCAAAGACUUCUCCCAGGUAUGAGCUUUUACUUCCCACAGUAAUAAGUUACGAAAAGCGUUAUAACUACAAAUUCUUUCUCUUCAUGCUGACCGCACUCAUUACCAGAGCCAGUCUGGUUCUCUCUCGUUUGGCGUGUUUUGACCCCUCCACGUAAACCAAUUUUGUUUGUGAACUCCUACUUGCCCUGAUUACGUGCAGUACGUCACAAGUCUCAUUUACACGGAAGUUACAUGUUCAGGGACCCUUUCGGCCAGAAAAUAUGGUCUACAUUUCAGUGUGGAUUAGUGUGGAACAUUACCGAAGAUAGUUCGUACAAGACAGCAUUUCUUUCUUAUGACAGGGCGUCUCACCAGCCAUUUGUGUAAUUCUUGUGUAUUUUAGACCGAACGGGGAUUUCUUAUAGUCGUGAUGUCUACAAAGCUCUGCUAUAUGUAUAUUUAUAUACAGGCAGGAGUAAAUUACCAACAAAAGCAAGGAAGACUGGGGUGGCCAGCCAUCUCUGGAUUAUUAGCCGGCGGUUGUCUACCGCAGGUUUGCAUGAAUGCGCACGUUGCCUAAUAAGUCAAUGCUGUGGGUUGAAUGUAUUGGUGUUAUGAAAGUAGUCGAGGCGAGUUCGGCGAGUGUUUGUGGUGCUCCAGGCACUGGUUGACCAGUCCCUAUGCGAUGGAUUCUCAAGCGACCGAUUAGGCCGAUGUGUGAGGUGAAUUUGCAAUCCAAAAUGAGGACAGGUAUGGACCGAGUGCUCAUCGCUGGCGGUGGAAGUGUUGAGGUUGAUGAUUGUCGGUGCGUUAGGAUUGAGUGCAUUGGCGUUGGGGGCAGGAACUGCCGCAGCAGAUAUUGAGGCGGUGGAGGAGGGUGGCAAUUGGAGGUCAGGAACGCGGUUAUGGUUGAUUGUCGACGCGGAGGUGGAGGUGGACGGGGAGACAGAAGGUGGUGUCCUCGGGGUGCUGCAGUUGGUUCUAUGAUGUCCAAAUCGGCCGAUUGGAGCCUGCAACGUUCGCUGUCAUCGUGGGCAGGUUGGAGGUGGUUGAGCGUAGGCGUUGCGAGGUGAGGCAGUUGUGAUUUAACACUUUCACAUUUAGCUUUUACGGUGGUUACGCGGUUGGAUUCGUAGAUCGCUGCGCCGAUCUUUACUGCUCUCCAUCAGGUCGGUCUGCCACGGACAAGCUCUCCCCAGCUGGCCGGGUCGAUUUGCAGGUGCCUGAGGCAAGUAUUCAGGGCAUCCUUCUAGCAACAGCCUGGGCAUGCUUGUCAACGGGAAUCCGUGGUGACAUCUCCAUAGGAAAGCCGUUCGGGUAGCCGUUCAUCGUCUAUCCGCAUGAGGUGGUCGCUCCAACGUAGUUGCGGCUGUCUCAGCAUGGCGUAGAUGCUGAGGAUUCCCGUCCAUUUCAGAACGCAUGUGUCCGUGAUCCAGCCCUGACAACUCAGCUUCAAUAUCCCACGGAGACAGCUGAGGUGGAAAUGGUUAAGUAUGCGCGCCUGCUUCUUGUACACUGUCCAGGUCUCCGCUCCACAUAGCAGAGUCAGCAGAAGGACUGCUUUGUACAUUUCCAGUUUGGUGCUGAUGUGGAAAUUGCGUCGAUUUCAGCCGGUACUUUGCAGACGACCGAAUGCUUGGCCGACCUAGGAAAUCCAGCGGACCACUUAAUCAUCGGUUUUGGUGUUGCGAGAGAGGGUGCUGCCCAGGUAAGUGAAGUUGUCCACAGCUUGCAGUUGGGCGCCGUUAACUUUGAUGUGUGGUGCUACGUGGGCAGCCUUGGUUGGCGUUUGAUGCAUAUACGGCGUCUUCUUCGUGUUGGUGAUUAGGCUGAAGUUGUCACUGGCGGUGACGAAAAGGUCCCUGUUCCUUUACCUGUCUCCUUCCUAGGUGGCGUUGAUAGCACAGCUGUCAAAGAUAAGUUCAUGGACAGAAGUUGCGGAUACAUUCGACUGGGAGUGCAUCCACCACUGAUUGAGGAAGUGGCCGCCCGUCCUGUAGGCGACACGGAUCCGGGGACGUUCGUCACGGUAAAUGUCCAGGAGCCUGGCGGCGAACAUGAGACUGACGAGGGUAGGUUUGAGGACGCAGCCCUGCUUCACUCUGUUGGUCACUGUGAAUGCCCUUGA